CAGAGGGCGUACGGCGCCUGCCCGGCUGAGGGCGGGGGCUGAGGGAAGGCGGCGGGCCGCGCUUCCCGGGUACCAUCGGGUCGGGCCGGGCCGGGCCGGGCCGGACUGGACUGGACUGGGAGGUCCCGGGAGGCCGGUGAGGCGGCUCGGUGCCCGGGGCAGUCCCGGAGCCGUCCCGGAGCCGUCCCGGAGCCAGGAAGGACCGGCCCACCAUUGCGGGCAGCGCUGUUGAUGGAAACGAAGAGUUCAUGGUUUCUGGUUUGUGUAAUAGCAGAGGCUGAAUAGGCAUAAAGGAGGCGGUAGUGCAGGCGAGAAGUGUCAAGCCCCUUGCCAGCCUUUGCUCUGUAAAAAAGAAGAAAUGAAUCCUACAAAUGAUGAGCCAGCGUUCGGGACCAUUUUUGACUGGGACUAUCUCUUAUGGGAAGUUCGUUUGACAUUUUUAGCUGUUGGUUUUUUCAUCUACUUUGGAGUAUUUCUUCUGUCUCACUGGUUGUCUUCGUGGAAGAGUACCACUUACCGUGCCUUGCAUGGAAAGGAGAAGGUGUUUUGGAAUAUGACGGUCACACGUGGUAUAUUUGGACUUCAGAGUUGUGUUGCGGGGUUAUGGGCUUUGCUCAUAGAUCCUGUUUUUCAUGCUGACAAAGUGUAUUCACAGCAAAAGUGGAGUUGGUUUAACUGCUUAAUAGCUGCUGGAUUUUUCUUGCUUGAAAAUGCAGCUGUUCACAUCUCCAACAUUAUUUUUAGAACAUUUGAUGUGUUCUUGGUAGCUCAUCACUUGCUUGCUUUUGGUGGCUUGGCUGGUCUAGUAAUUAAUGUGAAAUCUGGACAUUAUCUGCCUUUGAUGGGAAUAUUGCUGGAGAUGACUACUCCUUCGUCAUGCAUUUCCUGGAUACUUCUAAAGGCUGGCUGGGCUAAUACCUUUUUCUGGAAGGCAAACCAGUGGGUGAUGAUCCACCUGUUUCACUGCCGCAUAAUUCUUACUUACCACAUGUGGUGGGUGUGUAUUUUCAAUUGGAAUUCUGUGAUGGAAAAUCUGGGAUUUAUUCAUUUUAUUGUUUUAUUCUCGGGAUUAUUUGCUGUUACGCUAAUACUUAACCCAUACUGGACGUACAAAAAAACUCGGCAACUUCUCAGCCCAACUGACUGGAACUUUGAAAAUAAAGCAGUGGAAAAUGGAAAAUCAAAUGGUAAAACACAUCAAAAGAAGAGGAUAUAACGCUGAAACAGCUGUUCCCUAGUAGGAAAGCAGAAGAGCACAAUGUGAAGUAGUUCUUUACCCAUGAACUAGAAGCUUUUGCAAGAAGCUCAUUAACACAAUGAUUCCUUGCUGGUAGUAUUCUGUAUGCAUCAGAAUUAUUUAAAAGCAUUGUUUGUGUUUUAUAUGUGCAUACACAUAAGAUCUUCAACCUCUUAGUUACAAAUUAUGCCAGCAGUUUUGUCCGGUUGGACAAUACUUCAUGAUUUUUUAGUGACAUGCUCUCUAAUGGUGUCCUUUGUCCUAAUGCUUCAGAGUGGCUUUACAGUUAAUUUGUCUACUAAGCUCAGCUUGAAUCAAGUUUAGCUUGAAUCCUAUUUCAUGCAUGUCAGAGAUACUGAUACUAGAAACUAUGUUAAGUUGUUUAUUAAGAUCAAUUAUGACCCAAGUUAGGUAUGAAUGGGUACCUAGUUCUUGUGUGCCAUUAAAUCAUUCCAAGUGGCUGAAUUGUUCAGUGGUAGAAUGCAGUCAUGGCUGGGUUUGGGGGGUUUUUUUGGUUGGGUCUUCUAUCUUUUUUUUUUUUGUUGUUGUUCUUUUAAGUGCACUUGAGGAGGAGGAAGAUAUUUGUUUGAGUGUUCGCUGUCAAAGUGAGUUGUAGUUUCCAGGUUGCCCUCAGUAUCGGAGCAGUUCAUGUCCACCACAAACAUGCAUGUGGGGAUGCAGUCAUUCGUUAUACCGGAGGUCUAGCUAGGUAAUCACAGUGGUCCCUUCUGGACUUCAAAUCCAUGACAUGCAAGAGGCAACAACAGAACGUUUGGCUCUGUUUCAUCCUUGAAAAGAUUGCUGGUUGGUAAAAUUAUUUUCUAUGUAGGUCCCACAUGACUGGUCAUGCAGCUAUUUUCAUUAGUGCUCCUGUUAUUGUUCCUCUUAUUUUUGGAAAUGCUUUUAGUUACAGAGGGUUUUAGAAUCUGAGUUGACUCCUCUGUGGAGGAAAGCCUGCAUCACCACCUUCAAUUCAGUUGUCCUUCUAAUAUUUUUAUUUGAUUUUGUGUGUUCUUCACAGUGAUGCUAACAGUCCUUUGCACUUCAUCUGCUGCAUCACUAAAUCUUUCCUUGACCUAAGGAAUAGGGUUGCUUUUUAGAUAGGAUCUUGGCAAAUUGUGGUGGAUGUUCUCCCACUAAUAGGAUUGGUUUGACAGUUCCUGGAUGGAAUCUUGGACAGUGGACGGAGGUAUAAAGAUUGUGACAGAAGAGUGACGCCUAGUGGCAGGAGAAAGACAAAGAUAUUAAUUAGUUUUGGGCACUGAACUAGUGAGAUAAAAAGUCUGUCAUUUGAAACUUUGUUCUGUAGUGUGACAUGACUGCUACACAGAUCUGUUUUCCAAAGUAAUAAGACUGUGCAAACCCAAGCUGUUAAGAAUUUUAGGUCAAGGCAUGUAUUAGAAGCUUUUUGUACUGAUCUGUGGUGGAGCAUAUUGUUUAAAUGUGUAAAGGAAGCACUGUUUGGUGUAAACAACCCAAUUUUAUUAAUUUUUUUGUGGGAAUGUCUUUGAUUUUGUUCUGAGUGAAGGAAGGAAGCUUGUGGUCAGGUUGCUGUGUUCCCUAAUUCACUUUGUGUGAGCGCAGAGUUGAAGAGCUGCUCUAUGAGAGAGGAAACUUAUUACUAUUAGGUCAUAAACGUAUAGCCAGAUCUUGCUGAUAGCGAUGAAGUGGUGAAUAUCUGAAACUGCCCAUUCAAAACUAGGCUGAGAGGGUCACAGUAAUUUUACACAGCAACCUUAUCUGGUAUCGUGCUGGUAUUCAUUGGAGAAAAUCUAAAUUUUGUGCUACCUUCUUGUUUCUAAGCAGGCCAGAACGAGGCUGCAGUGUUUUGGCAGUGUCACCUGUCUGGAUGCCAUCCUAUAGAAAAAAGGGCUCCCUAAAACUUGAAAUUACGUACCUCUCCCAUGGGGUUUUGUGUGGGAGAGUAAUGUUAAAAGUACUUUAGCAGAAAGCAGAGGGGCGAAUUCCUCGGAAGCGGAACCCAAAUAUGCAAUCCAAAUGAGUAUCUUGCAGAAUCCAAACCUCACUUGCAGAAGUUGCAGUAGGGAGGGAGGAGGAGAAGUUGCCAGAUACCGAAAUGAUGAUUUGCUCUAUGCAGCUUAAACCUUAAAAGUUUGGAUUCGAUAAAACAAGGUGGUAAUUACAAAAAUCCCAGCUACAGAAUUCUGAAGAAUCUGAACAGAAAAUGGAAGUGUUGGAAGAGAGGUGAGUUUGGGCCAAAUGUGUAAUUCUUGUAGUGGCUGGCUAAAGAAUCUGAAGUUUCUAUGUGCUAAAAUAAAAGAAUAUGGAGGGUUGGGGUUAGUAGUGAAUUUGGGACUGAAAAAAGAGAUGAGGUGUGGUCCAAGCAGACAGGUGGAUACUUGUGUCAGUGGCACCAGACUUCUGAAGCUUAAUAUUUUGUAUUAUUAACUUUUGUAAUGUUAAUAAGUGGAUUUUAAAUAUUUCAUUAAAAGUAUUUUUAUCAUAAUAAGGCAAUCUUUUCAGUAUGCGUAUUAAUGUGAGUUUUUUCAUGCAAAGACUGUUAUGGCAUAUCUCAUCUUUUGUGUGUCUUAAUUACAUAAUUAAUAAUACCUAAGAGCACCUGUUAACCUAAGCACUGCUAGAUCUGCUAGAGCAAGAGAGCUGUGCAAUAAAGCAAAUAACAGCACUCAUUUUAUUUCUGUUGGUUUGGGGGGUGAGGAGAUUUACAGUCUAGCUAGAAAUAUAACAGGACAUAAAAAUGAAGACAACCUUUCUUCUUCAUCUGGAUGGCCUAGAGUUGCAGUUACCAGUUCUGUUACACAGCCUGUUUUUGGUGGUUUUUGGUUGUUUUUUUCCCCCCCUCUAUACUUCAGUGUUUUCUUUGCUGCCUUACGGCUGUUCCCUUCAAGAGGAUUUUCUGGUUUAUGAUUGUGGAUGACUGUCUCAUUGCUCUGAAACAAGACUGAAAAAGUUCUUUAACAGAGGGUUUAGUUGUAAAAGAAGUUAGACACCAAAGUGCUGCUUUUCAACCCAAAGGUAGACUAGCCAUAGUUUGGUAUAAACUUUGUUAAUGUGAAACUAAUUGGUCCUGAUGGGCUUCUCUUACAAGGCCUCAUCUGCAAUUUUAUGUAGAAAAAUUCACAGUCAGCUUCAGUAGUGGCUGGAUCAGGUCACAGGGUGUGCUGCUGCCAUGAUUUGGAGAACUCUAGCAUAGUAUGGAUUUGGGUUAAUUUUUUGUUUGCCUGGGUGGCUGUUGAAGACCUCACCCUGCUUUCUUGUUGGGCAAGCUUAUUCAAGGUAUGCUGUUUGUCACCUUUCUGGCCGAAGUUACACAAAAAACCCAAGAAACUAUGAUGGGGGUGUUUGGGGUGGGUUUUGGUGUUUUUUGUUUUGUUGGU